AAAGAGCAACUUUUGUUUGAGGAAGGUGAGGGGCUAACAUAUAGAGAAGUGCUGAGAAUUGAAAUCGAAAGGAAGACAUUUACGUCUGAUCAAUGGGGUUGUGGUUGUGGGAAGCCUUCGUGAAUUGGUUGCGAAGUCUCUUUUUCAAGCAUGAAAUGGAGUUGUCUUUGAUUGGUCUUCAGAAUGCUGGGAAAACAUCACUUGUAAAUGUUAUUGCAACUGGUGGAUAUAGUGAGGACAUGAUUCCCACGGUAGGAUUUAAUAUGAAAAAGGUAACCAAAGGGAACGUGACUAUAAAGUUAUGGGACCUUGGAGGUCAACCAAGGUUUCGCAGUAUGUGGGAGAGAUACUGCCGUGCUGUUUCAGCUAUUGUUUAUGUUGUUGAUGCAGCUGAUCACGACAACUUACCUGACUCUAAAAGUGAACUUCAUGACUUGUUGAAUAAACCUUCUUUAAAUGGGAUUCCUGUGCUGAUUUUGGGUAACAAGAUUGACAAACCAGAGGCUUUGUCUAAGCAAGACCUAACAGAGCAAAUGGGUCUCAAAUCCAUCAAUGAUAGAGAAGUUUGUUGCUUCAUGGUCUCUUGUAAAAACUCCACCAAUAUUGAUACAGUCGUUGAUUGGCUUGUAAAACAUUCUAAAUCAAAGAACUGAAGCUUAAGUUCUUCCUAUAAAUCUAUUUGCAUGUUGUAUUAUAGACGCAUUGAGCUUAUUGAAGCGACUUCUGUUUGUAUGAUACUAGUUUCUAUUUUCUAUUUUUUCAUCACAUCAAACAACAUGUGAUUUGAUAUGUAGGUUAUUAUGAAAUACAUCUCAAGUGUUGUAAAUUUAAUGUAAGACAAUUGCUAAUGCUACAUGUAUAAUGAAUUUGAAUAAAUAUUUGUCUUCAU